AUGGGGUUUGGGGCUGUUGUCCAAGAUUGUAGUGGCAAGGCAGUUGCGGGUUUUUGUUCAACAAUGCCUGGUGUUUUUUCUCCAAUUCUGGCUGAGGCUCGUGCACUUCUUGCAGCUCUUCAAUGGUGUCAAAUGGUCAAAUUUCCUUUGGAUUCUAUUAGAUCAGACUGUUUGCUUUUAGUUAAUAAAAUAAAUAACAAAUGUAAGGAUAGAUCUUCUCUUUCUGAUGUGAUUACAAGAGUACUGAUAUCUCUAUCCUUUUUUCCUACUGCCAAGGUUUAUAAUGUACCAAGAGAUAGUAAUGAAUUGGCUCAUCAUCUUGCUAAGAAGGCUUUAGGAAUAGGUAAAGAUUGA